AUGUCACACUCCGACAUCACGAUACAAACCUCCAACCUCAUGCUGGCCAACACUAACGGUAAUUCCGGGGGCGGUGGUGGAGGGGGCGGCGGAGGUGACACCCCUAUCAUGCCGUCGGGAUCUGCAGCAGACCUCACAAACAAAGUUCGUAUCGACACGAGCAAAAUGAAAGAGGAGGAGGAGUCCCCCAGCCCGACGGGUGGUGGGGAUGGCGCUGGCAUUGAUGCUGGUGGGGGACAACCGGGAUUGGCGCAAGAUUCCUUGAGCUUUAUGCAGCUGAAGAGGCUGGUCGUCGAGGCACCUAGAUUGAAGCUUUCUACAGGAGCUGCUGCGGCUGCUGCCCCCACCUGUUUGAAUGCUUGUCGUGCACUUGAGGAAAUUUCGGGAAGAAAUCUGACCCUUGCUCAGCAACCGGAAUACGCCUUUCGUUACUCCUCUACGGAUGCUGUUACUGCGGAAUUGAACGAGUGGUUCUCUUAUUCGCUCGCAAACGACCUUUCGCUCCUGCUGCUUUCUAAACAAACCUUUGAAGAAACUUAUCCUCUUCUCUCACUCCCACCGCACCAGAAGGUUGAAUCACUGGCCGGAAAGCGGCCCUCGAGAUGGACUGCUAGCAAAGAUGUCAAGCGGAGGCGUUUUAUAUCUCGAUGUGCGGACCUCCUCGAGCAUACCAACCAGAGGGAACGAGUAAAAGGUCUUGAGGGGUUGGCCUACGUUGUUCAGGGCGUAUUUGGGGAGACUGUUUCCGAAGACGACCAUCUGGACAGGAUAAAGAAAAACGUUGCGCUAGUAAGGCAGGCAGGGCUUGUAGAGACGUUGUUCAAUUGUGUCCGAGGCUCGGUAGGAAGAGAAUUAGAGUAUGCUGCUGCGGGUAGUAAUUCGAGAGAUGAGACGAAGGAAGGAGACAGGGGAUGGAAUAGGAAGGAACUCCGGUACGCUUUAACGAUAUUAUACUUUCUGGUGGAGGUCACUCGCCGCCAUGACGAGGAUGCAGAGGGCGCAAUGCCGGGAAUGGAUCAACAAAUUGAGUCGCUCCGCGACGAGAUUGCUGAUUUGCCGGGAGAGAGUGGUCUGUUGGGAUUCUUGGCGAAGACUUUAGGUCGUUUGCGAUGGGAGGACAGUGUCGAUUUACCACUUAUGAACAUACUCCUUCUCACAUGGAAAACCAUGCUACUUGUUUUUGGCGAGCCUGAUAGACAUCUCGCGAAAGUCAAGACAUAUGCACGCGGGCUGGCGGGUUUGGACCCGGAGGUGGGCAAGGGAGUAAUCACAGCAUCGCCAUUAGAUUACCAUGUGUUUAGGCAAGACAUUAUGGCUAAAUAUCCGGCAUACGAUCCUCCAAAACCUCUCUUUCCUUUUGAAUUAGCUGCAAACUCCUUUCUACCGUCUUCUGCCGUUAAUACUACGACUGGCCGAACGGGCGGGAAUGGUGAUGUGCUGUUGGGGGGAAAGGGUGGCGGUGAGAAUUUAGGAUCUAUCUUGAAUAAGGCUGUUCACAUUGCUACUCCUGCCCCGUCGCCUCCGCCGUCUCCCGGGGGUGUUGGUGGGAAAGGAGGGAAGAAACAGAAUUAUCAAACAAACAACAAUUUCCCCUUCUUAUAUCCUCCUUCCUCCUCUUCUGAUGUAGAUAAGAAGUUUGCCGGAAAGUGCUGGUGGAAGGAGGAUGAUGACACUUUUUCUAGAGUAGAAGGUGGUGGCGGGGUUCCGACGAGCAUCAAGGAGGCUGGAGAUUUAUUUUCUGGGAGAGUAAGAUCUACACUGGCGAUGAAGCACCUGUGGGAUGAGCGAGAAGCAUUUCUGAAAUUCCAAAGGGGGUGGGAUGUUGACGAAGAGAUCUUGAAGGAAAGGAAGGAGAUCGAGGGAAGGGACCGGCGGUGGGAGGAGAAACGGCUAGAGUCAGUAGAAGAGUUCUAUAGAGCUGCGUUGCCUCAGCUACAAUCGUUCGUGAUUGUGCUUUUGAAGGUUAUAUUGGCCAAUCUCAAUGCACCCCCCAUGCAACCGCCACUACCGCCGCCUCCACCAGGUAGCCAACAGGUUUCGUUCGCAGAUAAAGAAGAUAGCGAAGGCAGUGGUCAGAGAGGGUUGGACGAGGCAGAUGCCCAGAGGAUUAGGGAGAUCACUAGCAAGGCCGUCAGUGCCAUCUUGAUGGGAAUGUUGAAAUGGUUUCGGGUUUCUCACGUGCUCAAGUUCGAAUACCUGACCCAGCUCCUCUUGGAUUCUAACUACCUUCCCCUCGUGCUCAGGCUACUCAACCAGCAGGACAUUGUUCAAACCGUAACCACCAAGACAGACCGCAAGGACAUGUCCUUCUUCAACUUCUGCAAUCUCCACUCUUCCCACCCCAAGCCAAAAUCCAAGCCGCCAACCAACCCGAAUAACUCCUACCUGGACUCCUCGCAGGACGAGGCCUGCCCUCCGCCAAUCCUCAGAUUCCAGCGCGAGCAAAAGGAACCCGACCCCCCACCGCCGCCACCUUCUGGCGCCCCACCAUCCCACCCCCCGGAAGCCAUAACCGACUUCUCCUGGCGCAACUUCUUCACAGCAAUAAACUUCGUCCGAAUAAUGCAAAAAAUCGUCAAGAACAAGUCGCACCGCAACCUCUCCCUCGUCCAGUACAAGUCCUCCGCUAUCCUCCGCAAGCCGCUGAAGUGUCCACAGGAGGACCUGCGCCUUUACACGCUCAAGGUAUUCAAGGGGCAAGUGCCCUACUGCGGCCGCAAGUGGCGGCAGUCGAACAUGCGUGUUAUCACCUCGAUAUAUCUAUUCUGCAGGCCAGAGCUGAAGGACGACUGGCUCUCCGGCGGCGACGUGGAUAGUGAAGUUGAAGAGAGCUUACCGCAGGAACAGGCUCUCCGGAGUCUUACGCAUUUCUAUAAUGUUCGGAGGUAUCCGAAGAGUAUGGGCGCUGACAUGGAUAUGAUGGAGAUGGAGAGGGACUUCUUUAGGAGGGAGAUUGAUAAGAUGGAGGUUGGGGAGUGGGAUACUGCGGGGUUGGAGGGGUGGGGGGGAUAG